ACAGCAGCCAAAUUCAGCAGUGCAUCAGCUCCCUCAACCAGCUGCCUCAUGUCUGCCUGGGAUGCUUCACUGCAAAUGUGGAUGAAGGACAUUAGUAUCACAAGGAGAAUAGCAAUUUUUGUGGAAGACUGCUGUGCUGCUCUGCCCUCUGUACCACCCCCCCUUCUCCUCGCUGACAGGACUGCUGUGCUGCUCUGUCUUCUGUACCGCCCCCAAUGGCAACAUGGCGCCCCACUCUCCUUCCUCACGGACGAACUGGACACAAUCAUGGCCACCCACAGCUGUCAGAAUACCAUUAUUAGGGGGGGACUUGAACCAGCACCUGGUGAACCAAACCUACACAGAGCUUACAAUGGUCCACGGGCUCACCAACCACGUGACCUUCUCCACGCAUGUGCGUGGUACCACGCCUCCCUCGACCCUGUCCUGUCCAAUCUGCCGGCAGACUCUGUGCAGUGCUACCAACUUGACAAGGUUGGUAGCUCUGACCACAACGUGGUCCUCUGUGAAGUUGGUCUUAACCCUGCAAGUGAGGAAGGAAGCCAGCGCACCAUCUGGCUAUGGGAGAAGGCUAACUGGCGGGGGCUCAGGGCAGAGUUAGCCUCCACCAACUGGGAAUCCUUGUUCACAGUUGACGUGAACCCCAUGUUCACAGUUGACGUGAGCCACAAUGUGGCAACCCUCACUUCCCUUAUCAUAUCAGCCCAAGCCAGGCACGUCCCUCACAGGGAAUAUAGAGUUGAUCCUGGGCCCCAUCCUGUGGGACGUAUACUUCAACGAUCUCCUUCAGAGCCUCUCGCCUGUGUCGGCAUACACAGACGAUGCCACUCUCUCGCACAGCUUCAGUAGAGAGGAGGCAGUGAACGUGAUUGAUGCCACCAACCACCACCUUGGUGACAUCAUGGCCUGGGGUAAACAGUGGCAAGUCAAGUUUGCUGCCGAAAAGACCCAAGCUGUGGUCAUCUCACGGUCACGGGAAGACAUCAGGCUGAUUGAAGGCCAGCUGAAGUUUGGAGAAGACACCCUUGCCAUUAAGGAAUCCAUCAACAUCCUGGGGUUGGAGGUAGACUCCAAACUCAGCUUCGACUUUCAACUGGAGAAUGAGGCACCUACUCGAUGCCAAGGGCCUCAUGACAUUGUAUAAAGCGCAGGUGAGGCCCAUCAUGGAGUACAGCCCCCAUCACCAAGCUCCAGCUGUAGGCGUGGACGGAGCACUCCUCCAGCUCCUAGAAAAUUACUUGAGAGCCAGGCACCUCAAAGUAAUUCUCAAUGGGCGGGAAUAAAAACUACAGCCCGUAAGAGCAGACGUUCCUCAAGGGAGCUGCCUCGGCCCUUUGCUGUGGAAUGUGCUACACCUUGUUCCUGCAGCGAAGGCAUUUGCAGAUGAUAUAACACUAUCCCACAGCUACGGACUGGAGGAAGCUGCAGCCACCCGUGACGUCAAUGCCACCUUGAGCCGCAUCGCA